GCAGCUUUAAUUCCUCUGUACAAAAAAUAAAAAUAUAGACUUCAUCAUCUUCAGGAAAAAAAAAAAUCGAUGGCCAAGGUAAAGAGUGCUAUAAUGAUGAUGAUGAUCAUGGCUAUGGCCAUGGCCAUGGCCAUGGUUGCAUCUGCCGCUCCAGGAACUGCUACGUUCUAUACUCCACCUUAUGUCCCUUCUUCGUGCAAUGGAUUUCAAAACGACGGGGUUAUGAUCGCCGCAGCGAGUGACGCUAUUUGGAACAACAGGGCGGCCUGCAAUACAAAUUACCGUGUAAGGUGUACCGGACCCACCAAUGCCGGAGUGCCGCAGCCUUGCCGGGGUGACUCGGUUGUCGUGAAAGUUGUGGAUUAUUGUCCUCCUCCGGGGUGUCGAGGAACCAUUGACCUUUCUCAAGAGGCAUUUUCCGUAAUUGCUGACCCUAACGCUGGCAAAAUCAAUAUCGAGUAUGAGCGGGUUUAAUAGGCACUAAAAAACUGGAAGUGCAAGAGACAACCUACAAUCCGGUGAUAAUGAUAUCUAAAUAAGCAGUCGUUAACUAAUGUCAGUAACUUGUAUGCUGAAAUGUUGCUUAAAAUCUAAAUAAGAAUCCAGGAUGAAUAUUCUUCUAUGCUAAACCAGACCUUAUUUUGUU